AUGCCCACAAUACCGGUCCUUAUACGUCCGAUGAAAACAUAUAGCCCCCAUUCCCCCACCCAUUUUUUCCCUCUCCUACCUCAAAUUCCACACAAGGAGAGAGAGACGGAGAUUCUUGGACAGAGAAAGAGAGGGACGGUAGACAGAAUGGAUUUCCACAUCCACAGUAGUAGCAGCAGCAGAGCGGAGGCCGAGCGGUGGCUGGGCAUCGCCGAGAAGUUGCUUGCCGGCCGCGACCUCAUCGGGAGCAAGACAUUUGCGAUCCGAGCUCGAGACUCGGAGCCGCGACUCGAGGCAGCGGACCAGAUACUGGCCGUCGUGGACACGCUGAUCGCAGGAGAGAAGCGGAUCAACAGCCAGCAUGACUGGUAUGCAAUACUCCAGCUGGCACGCUACACACGCGACUCGGAGCUCAUCGCGACUCAGUACCGGCAACUUGCCUUCCUCCUGAACCCUAGCCGGAACCACCUGGCCUUCGCCGAUCAUGCAAUGAAGCUCGUCUCCGACGCUUGGUCAGUCCUUUCCGAUCCUUCUAGAAAAUUUUACUACGAUAAUGAUCUUGAAAGUGAAAUGCCCAAUAAUCAUGACGAAAAUUCGACAUUUUGGACUGCAUGCCCCUAUUGUUACCACAUGUAUGAAUAUCCUGGGGUUUACGUGGAUUGCUCACUUCGCUGUCAAAAUUGUCGAAGGGCAUUCCACGGUACUAAGAUUCCAGCGCCACCAUCAAUUGCAGAGGGCAAAGGAGCGUACUUCAGUUGUUGGGGAUUUUUCCCAGUUGCAGUCUCGAAUUUGGGGGAAAAUAAGAGUGCAGUUUCUAGUUGGACCCCGUUUUCCCCCCUGUUUACUCUUCCUCAAUUUGGGGACGGAAAUAUGGAUACUGCAGGACAGGGAAAUGCAAAUGCGGGGACAAAGAAGAGCCCUACACCUCAGGUUAAUAUUGAUGAUGAUGAUCUUUUUAUGGAAAUCUCAUCAUCAAGUGAUGAAUCUGACGAUGAAUGGCGGCGUGUUCCUAGAAAGAAGAAGACCAAAAGAAAGAACGGUAGGCCGGGUAGACGUGGUAGGCCACCCAAAAACUCUACAAGUAAAAUUGUGAAGAAUGCCCAAGGGGAGAAGGCCAAGACUGUUGAAGGGAGCAUUGGUGACGAUGGACAAGAUGGGCCUGUAAUGCAAGAGGUUAUAGGAGGACCAAAUGUGCCAAUUGCCGAGACUAGCAGGAAAACUGCAGCAAAUAGUGCAAAGAAGCAAACAGGGAAAGUUCCAAAAGAAUGGGGGAAGUUGGAUUUGAAUGUGGAGUUUAGUAAUGAGGUGGAAGAGCCUCCUCUGGACAUGAGGGACGGAAAUGGUCCAAAUGGAGCUGGCAAUGGUGAGGAGGAUGGCAUAGAAGGAAUUGGUAGUGGUGUUGUUCGUAUGGAUGUAAUGGUGAAUGGCUUAGAGCAUGACCUAGUCAAAUUACUUGAGACAAUCAUGGUGCAUUUUUGUGAAGUGGCCUACAUGUUGAAUGCUGCACAGUUUCUUGGACUUGCUAUAAAAGUGAAGGGAACAAAUGCUUUGGGUUAUGGCAUGGAAUUGUUCUAUUGG